UGCUGUGGAAACCAAACGUUCUAUCAAGGGGCUGGCAUUUGUUGUGAUGGACAUUUCACGCGAAAUCCUGGAAAUGCAACCAGAAUGGAAUGUCGGGAUGGCAAGGGUGUUGUUAAACAGGAAAGACACUUGCAGUUUACAAAAGCUAAUGGAGCCCAGCUGCGAGAGCUCGAUACACAAGACGGAAGAAGAGCAAAAACGUGUCGAAAUGACGUCAUGAUCGAUCAAAACCUCCCACAGGGUUCUGAAAUAACAUCAGACAUGCUGGUGUUGGACGGCGUGAAGCAGUGCGGGCAGUUCGUAUACCCUAUUGAAAGUUCAACCAAACGUUACCAUUGCUGCAACGGCGAAUUUAAAACGACAAACCAUCUUGAUCCCAAAGCAAAUUACACCUGGGAAUGCUGUGGGACGAGUCUCUACAACACCUCCAGCAAGGAAUGCUGCGGGGGAAUACUGAUUGAUACUAGCCUGCAACCCAUUGGUUGUUGUAAUGGGGCGCUGGUAUAUACCAAAUCCUACCAGCGUUGUUGUGGGGGUCAAGUUGUUGACAAAAUACAAUACCUGUGCCAUAAACCAGUGACAAGUAGUGCUGGAAUACCUGUCCGAAAACAAGACGAUGACCACAACAAAACGUGCUAUGACUACAAAACAAAGAUAUACAAGACGUUUAAUGAUGCGAAAUGGAUCUGUCACGAAGGAAUGUUAAUUUCAACUGACAAUUUAAUCGAAACUAUGGAAAAAGAUAUUUUAAACGAAAGUAAAUGGGAUGUUGAUAAUCAUACAUCAAAGAAGAACAUGCGAUUCUUCAGUCCGAUUUGUCCUUACACGGAGUGUGAAACUGGGUUCUACAACAGGACCACCGAGUGUAGGAAAAGAACCCGCCUGGACUUCUUUCUUCAAAAUAUGACGAAGAACAAUGGACGUAUAAUUUUGUCUGGUAUUGUGACCUACCCAAACAAGUUUAACGGUUCCCAUUUAGCGCUAAAUUCUUUCUUAGCAUGUAAAGACAACUGUUUUGCAAAAGGCACUUUGCUUUCUAUAUACACCAAUCGUUUCACCAAAACAUUACCCAACAAAGUAGUUCGACUUUCCAUUAGGGACAUGGUUGUGAAGACACACAAGGCCUCGAUUUCUUGUACAAUAGAUCCAUGGGCAAAGCGAAAUGAAAAAAGACCAUGAACAUGCUAAAUAUACGUCUUUGUCCUAUCAACAUCAAAAAACGUCUUAACUUACAUUUGUUUCGAUAAUGUUUCAACCGAAAAAUAGUAAGGUAAUUCUCGUAAACACAUUUAUAAAAAACUUAUUAAAUAGUAAAUAUCCUAGUCUUAGUACGUUCCGUUAUAUUAGUAUUUGAUGGUUUUAUAUUGUGCCAUGAGGGUAGGCAUUUGCAGCUCAAGUAUAUAUUGUUUUGGCUCAAGGGGAGUUGGGGUAAAAAACGAUACUUCAAAAAAAAUUAUUACGUGCAUCAAUAGCCAUGACAGUUUAUUGUUUCAUUAACUGACAACUUGGAUCAAUUUAGAACAGAAAACAAAAAAGUAUCUGGUUAUUAUAGUAUAAUAGUAGGAACUUUGGUGUACAUACAUCUUUCUUUUUUAUAUUUGCAGAUUAUGCCUAAUAAUAUUGUAAUAUUAUAAUUUGAUUAACGUAAAAGAUCUUUAUAUAACUUAUAGAACAAUAUCCAGUUAAUGGCGAUUAGAUGGGUAUAAUUGCGGAAUUUGGUUUAAAUAUACCUUUAUAUUUUGAUAUUGACCGUUAAUACAUUCAUAAAG